GCAAGCAAGCAAUACUUAACUGGUUCCACUCGUUGCCAACCGGUCAGGUGUCGUCGUAUAAGCCAAAGAAACAUAAACGUGCCCAGUACUGUUAGAAAAGAAAAAGUUAUUGGUGCAUUGACUUCUGACGAUUAUGAUUUAAGCUCACUUGAAAAUGAGAAUAUCUAAAUCUACUGUGGUCUUCCUGAUCUCCAUACUGAUGCUUUCAGUAUUUGUGGCAAAUGUGACAAAUCUUAUCAAUGUUGACUCCCAUGCUAUUAGCGAAUCACAACUUUAUGAAGGGCUGGAUAAUUCAGAGCCCCGAUGGGCUCAACCAAAAAAAUAUGAGAUCGGAGAGUCAUUUGACUAUCUUAUGUGGUUUUUACAGAUAUCGGAUUUACACAUAAGCAUAUUUCGAGAACCAUCUAGAAUAACCGAACUGAAAGAGUUUUGUGACAUUACAGUUGGUGCUAUUAAGCCUUCUGUUGUUAUUGCAUCUGGUGAUUUGACUGAUGCAAUAGAAAGGGAUAGAAUGGGGUCAAGGCAAGUAAAGGAAGAAUGGAUACAGUAUAAAAAAGUACUCGAUGACGUAAAUAUUUCACAAAAAACUAUAUGGUUGGAUAUUAGAGGCAAUCAUGAUAAUUUCAACGUUCCCAAUCUUCAAUCUAAGGAAAAUUAUUAUGUAAAUUAUUCGAUUCAAGGAAAACGGCAUUCACGUUCCUAUAUGCAUGAAAUUACAGUAGGCUCUGAAAAAUAUUCUUUUAUUGGAAUGGAUGCAUGUCUGGAACCUGGACCAAGGAGACCCUUCAAUUUUGUGGGUGUCUUAGACGGCAAAGAAACUGAAACGCUACAUGAAUUGGUACGCGAAUCAAAAGGAAGAAAUAAUGAUUACAUUAUUUGGUUUGGACAUUAUCCUACUUCCUGCAUUCUAGCACAAUGUGAUGGUGGAGUUAGGAGUAUCAUGGGCAGGUACAGAGAAAGUAUGGUAUAUCUUUGCGGGCAUUAUCACAUGCUGGGUGGUGCAGUACCGAAUAUGUAUACCUUACAACAAGCGGGUUUUUUGGAACUCGAGUUAGCCGACUGGAAAGAGAACAGAAUGUAUCGGCUUGCAGUAAUAGACCACGGUCAGUUUUCGUUCACUGACAUAAAGCACCGAGACUGGCCAGUGGUCUUAAUCACCAACCCAAAACACUCGUUAUACGCGAUGCCGCGAAAAGAGAACUUGCAGUCAAUCACUGAUUCUACGCACAUCAGAGUAGUGGCAUUUUCGAUAGCUCCAAUAAAAAGUGUUAAAGUUCAGAUAAAUGAUGAAGAAUGGCUUAAUUGCAAUUAUAUAAAAGGACCGCUUUAUACCGCCAAAUGGAAUCCACUCAACUACUUGAAUGGAAUACAUCAUAUUACAGUUCAUGUUGUGGAUGAGGAUGACAGGGAGUUAGUGACAUCCCAACCAUUUUCUCUGGAUGGUACAAGAUUAUCAUUUCGUGUUUUACCUAGAUUGAUACUAAUGUCAAAUGCUAGUCAUAUAUUCCAGUUCUUUUUUGGGAGUAUGCUUUUACUAUUGAUCGUGCCACUAUGCGUUUUCCGAAUUCUUCACAAGCUUUGUGAGGGCAAACACAUUCGGCGUCCGAGAAUACCAAUAAGUAUAAUCCAUUGGUGGGUGAGAAAGUUAUGGAUAUUGUCUUCUAUAGACCGUCUUUUCUUCCCUGUAAUACUUUACGCGCUGUACUUAACAAUUGGCCCAUGGGUUAUCGGCGAAAUUAUUGACAAUCAUACAGGAAUGAUAUUUGCCUGGGGAAUAUUUGUUGGAAACUCAUAUUUACCAGGAUCGCUUACAUAUGCUUAUGGAUUUUUUCAAUUAUUUUCGUUCCAUCUACCUCUUGUACUUAUCUUAGCACACAGGGUUGACCAGCGAUUACAAAUAAUUGAAAAACCGGCAAGGAAACCGAUAUCAUUCCUGAGAAUACUUUGGCGACAUAUACCAUUUUUAAUUCUAAUCACAAUGCAAAUAAGUAUGGCAUACUCAUUUUGGCUUGCAUAUGGAACGUUGGCUACUAUCCUAGGAGCUUUGCGAACUUGGAGUAUAGUCUUGGCAAUAUUUCUAUGGUAUCAGGCUAACGCAAUGCCACAAAGCUGCAUGAGAUCAGCUGUCAUCAUAUGGUCGUCGAGUGGUCUACGUAGUACUCCAGAAGAUGACGUCCUAAGUGGGGCUGACAGUACGAAGUAAUAAAAUUAGCUCCGUAGUUACACAUUGUAAAUUGCAAUUUACGGGGUACAAUCCUAUUUACGAAAAUCCAGAGCUCUUGAACAGAAGAAUAAAAGGGAAGUGCGUGUUUAGGUAUACAAAUCAGGAAAAUAAUGUAUUUACUGACGAAAGUCGAAGUUUAGCCAAUGUUUAACAUGAUAUGUAGCUUUUAGCUACAAUAAUGACAGAAUAUACUGUACUAUCUCAAUCUUAUUAUAUUGGGUCAACGAAUUCUCUUCUCGAUACUUAAUUCGAAUCAAUGUUGCAUUGUAUUUGUAACUAAUAAUCUUUAAACAGUAACAUUGUAGCUUACGUGUAACAGCGGACAAUGUAAUUUAUAACAAUUCAAAUAUGUAAACUGGCAAUGCAAAGAUUAUUUUUUGUUUAUAGCAUUUUGGAAACUUGUCGGUUGAUAUUGAAAACAACACAAACAGUAUAACAAUUUUAUGUAAUAACUUUCAAGAAUAUUUGAAUUAUUCUGUAUAAUUUUGCGAUUUUUCAUUUCAUAUAGCUUGACUUCAUGGUACGUAGUGAAUUGUUGGAAUGCAUUUUUUUAUAAAUAUUGCUUCCUGUAGUACCUUCCACUAGAUAAGUAGAUUGCCAAAGUUACAUCUAGUAGUGUAUUGUUAAUUUGCCCUAACUAUAAGCUGUAUAGUCAUAUAUUUUCCAAAACUCUUCAAUAAUAACACAAUCAGCUAGAGAUAUUAGCUAGGGUCUUGAAAAAAUAUUGCUAGAUUCUCACAUUGUGAAAUUUAGUCAUGGGAAUUAUACAGUUAAAAAGUCAACUUUAAUUUACACUGUAUAUUGUAUGUGAUAAAUGAUUAUCAUCGCAUAUAAAGAUGAUAUUUCGAUUGUGACGGCAAUGUAAUAGUAAGUAACAUUUACAUUCAAGCGUGGCUAAUACAUAAAUAUUUUCCACGUCAAACUAAAGAAAAGUGAUACUAUCAGUAGCAUGGUUUCGCUUAUGAGUAUCGCCUUAUAUUUUUCUACAGAUGAAUUUAUAAAUUCUUUUUUUUUUAAUAACGUCAAUGUUAAUACCUGAUUAUUGAAUAACUAUUUACUCUAUUCGUCAAAGACAUUAAAGUGUAUUGAAAAUAUUUAAGAAAAGUUGUUCUUAAGUUUAUCGAAAUCAGUAAUUGAAAUGAAAGUACAUAAUUACUAUUGCACGUAGGUGAAUACAGUAUGUAUCACGUAUUCGAAUAUUAUUAGGAUUCAUUGUAACACCUACAUGUUAUAUAUUUUAGUGUUUCGAAUAUUCACAAUUCCUAAUAGAUAGAACUGAACUACAUUUGACUUUGGAGAUCUCGAUAUAAAAUAUAUAAUGACCUAUGUUUCAAACUAUAAUGGCAUACGAAUGUAUAGUGAUAUGAUGUUAAUACAGUCACCAAUCCAUGUGAAGUA